AUGCUCAAGCACCUUUCACGGGGCCAAUUUGACUCUUUGGCUCUCACACCGGACGAUGUUACAGUACACAAGCUGAAACGAGUCCACGCAGCGCUGAGUAAAGCCCAAUCUUCGACCACGAAUAUGCCUUACGUGCGGGCACUCGUAUCAAUUGAUAUGUUACAGUUGUUAUUACGACGUGUUGGGGUGCAAAAAGUCCGUGACGCAGUCAGUCGAGCAAUGCUGAGCACCAACGAAAGGGACGAAUCCAUUGAGCCAAUCGCUCUCUUAACAAGUAGUAAUAUCGCUGCCAUUGUACUUAAAGCGCGUCGAGAGUUAUCACCAGCAACACCCACGUCUCCUGUUUCUUCAUCUUCACAAUGUGGAACACCUCGAAGUCCCGUUGCUCACCGUCGCAGUAUUCUGGCGAAAGAAGGCAUCCACGUGUUGAUGCAGGAGAAAAUAAUGUUUUUCGACCAGCGAGGUCGGGCCAACACUUUGCCAGCCUUUCGAGUCCGAGGUGCAAGUGCUACGCUCUCGGAUUCCGCUGCUAAACGACGUCAACGUGGGCUGCAAUACGCCAACGAGCACAUUUCCCAUCGCUCUGUGCACUUGUAA